AUGGCGUCCGGUUUCGGUCUCAAUGGCGGUCCCUCCCGCUGCUACAACUUCUGGCAAGAAGUCCUCGGUUGCUACGUUGUCAAUGCUGGAGAGGGUGAAAGUGGCAAAAGAAAGUGCCUGCCAGCGCUAGAUGAUUACCAUGAGUGCCUGCACCACAAGAAAGAGGCUCUCCGGACGAUGAAAAUGCAGGCCGCCUACCGGAAGGCAGAAGCCGCACACCCCCGUGAGGCUGAAGCACAGGCAGAACAGGUUCGGAGUUUGGGGUUGUUAAAUCGGUGA